AUGGCUCAAUCAAGUACUGAUCCAAAUGAGAUAAUUUGGUCAAUUCUGAGAAGAACUGGGGUGUUGAAACCUGCUGGUCCUCUUCCAGUCGAGCAGACCAGGAAUACCUAUAGUGUUCUCCAAGAGCAACAACAGGACAAUUCAGAUUCGAUAGUGCCUUUUGAUACUAAUGGAGUUUUGCAACAUUCUGAGCUGGAACGUUUGGAGGUUAGGAGGGCUUUGUGGCUUGAUUUAGACAAUUUGCAGUUGCCUAUUAAACCUUGGAUUAUUUUGGGGGAUUUCAAUAUUGUUUUUUAUAUUGAUGAUAGGCUUGGAGGGAGGCCCAUUUCAGCUAAGGAAAUGGAGGAUGCUCGGCAGUGGCAAGCUUUAAGCUUGGUUGAUGAAAUGAAGAUUAUGGGGCCAACUUAUACUUGGUCUAACAAACAAGAAAGGGGAGCUCGAAUUUUCUCUAAGCUGGACAGAGUUUUUAAGAAUGAGGAGUGGAUGCAUUCCUUCCCUUUGGCUGCUACUAUUUCUCAAUGGGAUGUGAUUUCGGAUCACAACUUUAUUCUUAUCAAGCAAGUGGAAGUGAAAAGGACUGGGGUGAAACAUUUUAGGUUCUAUAACAUGUGGUCUACUCAUGCUAAAUUUAGGGAGACAGUUAUUGCGAAUUGGACUAAGCCUUUAGAGGGCAGGGGUUUGGAUGGUCUUGUUUGGAAGCUCUCUAGACUUAAGCAUGUUCUGAAGAAAUUUAAUUGGAAGUCUAUGGGAGAUGUUGUUCGUAAUUAUGAGGAGAGAAAAUUUAAAUUUCAGCAGGCCCAAGCUAAUCUUCACAAUGAUCCCAUGAAUAUUCAAUUGCAUUUUGUGGAAAGAGUUGAUCAGCAGGAGUUCAGUAGGCAGACAAAGAUUUAUGAAAGUUUUCUUCGCCAAAAAAGUAAAAUUACUUGGCUUCGUUUUGGUGAUGAAAAAUCCUUGUUCUUUCAUGCUAGCUUGAAGAAAAGAAGAGCAGCUAACCGUAUUGUGUCUUAUAUUGCUGCUGAUGGUAAACUUGUGGAUGAUUAUGAGGAGGUCGUUAAUCAUUUUAUCCAACAUUUCAAGAGUUAUAUGGGUUGUUCUAGUACUGCUUCAUGA